AGCGAUGCCCUGAUUGGCCACAGCUUUGCGGGGGGUCCACUUUCGAUUCCCAGCUUGUCAACAUCCACACGCCGCAGAGUUUCAUCCACAAAGGCUCACAACAGCGCCUACGGACCAUUGACAUAACUUCUGCUGCGUCCUGUCAAGAUGAGUUUCGUAUCCACGAUACUAAACGCCGUUGGCCUCAUCUUCCUCACACACGCUGUCUACUCUGCCCACGAGCACACUGCGCUCAGCAGCACAUCGCAAAGCAGCGCCUCCGGAACGCCCGCAAAUCCUGCCUCGUCUCUCCCUCUAGAUAUCGUCAUCGAGCUGCUGGUAGCCGUCGUGGUGCUCUCGAUCGGAAUUGUGCUGUCGAGCACGCCGCUCAAGCCGAUACAAUGGAAUAAAUGGGCAGGAGCGAUUGAGAAGAAUGGGAGGAAAGAGAAUCCUUAUAGGAUACUGGAGGAGCGGGUAGGGUUCUGGGACGUUAGGAGCUAAGAGAAAAGAGUUUGCGGACUGGGUGAGACAGGGUGGGCAGUGAGUCUCAUGGAUGGAUGGGAUAUGUUGCUAAAUGUAAGCAUAUUACAGUCUAAUGAGUAAUGAGCACUCAAGCUAACACGA